AAGAUGGCCGCCGGGAGGACGAACAGCAGGUUUCUGCAUCCGGCGGGCGCGAGCGUUGCCGCGGCGACGAGGAAGAGCAGCUCGAGGGUCGGGACGAAGCCGACGAAGCAGACGACGUCUGUAAGCAACACGAGGGCAGCGGCAGCAGCAGCAGCAGCAGCAGGAGGAGGAGGCAUGGCAUCAGCAGCAUCAGUACCAGCUGGCAUCAGGGGCAAGAGCCCCAGCAGCAGUCCGCUCAGUAAGCAGGCGAAACCUGCAAGCCUCUCUACCGCUGCAAGGAAGCCGUCCCCGCAGAAAACCGCCGCUGCUAACACCAACAACAAGAAUCUGCCGGCAGCCACGAAGAAACGGUGACGGCAGGGAACGCGGCUGUUGUCGUCGUGGACGGCCGAAUGUAACCGACUCAGGUUUAGUAUGCGAACGAAGGCGUAUGCUGUUUAAGAACGGUGGCAGACUUGGUCUAAAAGCGUGAGGGUGAGGGUUAUGCCAACACAGGUUUUGGCUGGAGAAGUUGUGACACCGCACCAUGAUGGCCAUGUAGUGAUGCUGUAACCAUGGUAACGCUGGCAUCUCGCGCACAUGUGUUCCACCUGCAUACUAUAUCGCUCACGGUCUGUUGUUAAAAAAGGCAGCUAUUGUUUCUGGUGUCAAUUAUAAUUUGACGUGGACGGGUUGUGGAGUGUAGAACCUGAUUGACUCAGCUGAACACCAGCUGUUUACUUAACCAUCAUACAACUACCUGAUAUGUCAUGUAACUAACUACCUAGGUUGUCAUGCAACAACUUUUUUUUUAUAAUGUCCUUUAUUUCCAGAAACAC